CGCAGCCCGUAGACAGCCUGCGGCCACACGUUUUACAACAGUGUCUGGAAGAAGCCAAACCUAGAUAGCGCACUAUUUUGGCACCCCUCAAAAAAAAAAAAAAAAAAAAAAAAGUUGCGGUGCUGAAAUUUCACAUCGCGCUAUUAUCACCGCUCUGCGGAGACCGGAGAAGGCCACUCCAUGACAGUCUCGCCUCGCGCACAACGUCUUUGCGCAUCUCACAGCAGCGGCGGCUCAUCGCGGAACUGCUGAAACACUACAAGACGCUAUUACACAACAUUUGGGUUUUAUUGCUUAUACGGGGCAAUAACCUGCUAUGAUGGCAGGGGUUCGUGGAAUGGCUCUCUGGGGGCUGUGUGGGCUUUUAUUCGAGCUGCUGAGGCUCAGCUCGGCUUGCCCUGUAUCGUGCUCGUGCAAUGGCUCGAGGAUCUCGUGUAUCGAUCAAGAACCGGGGAUCGAGGAUUUCCCUGUUUUGAUGCCGGAGAGUGACAUGGAAAACAUCACGGAUAUAUACAUCACAAAUCAAAAAAAGCUAUUAACAAUCAACGAGGACCAUAUGAAGUUCUACUCAAAUCUCAGGAAUUUAACAGUGACCAAUACUCACCUGACAUCUGUAUCUACGAUGGCCUUCUUCAACAAUUCGAAACUUCAAUAUCUGAAUCUCAGAGACAAUAACUUAUCAACACUCUCAUGGAUGGCAAUUCGUAACUCAAACAUGUCAACUUUAUUGCUGUCUGGGAACCCUUUGCAAUGUGUAUGUGAGAACAUCUGGAUUAAACAAAUGCUGGAUGACAGUGAGAAAGAGGGGCUGCAAUGUCUGCAGGAUGGAGGGAGAGCAAAAGCCCUCACCAGACUCUCUCUUCCUUCAUGUGAGUAUCCACAUGUUGACGUCAUCCCUGCUGUGGUCAAUCAAAUGGCAGGAAGUAAUGCUACAGUGAUGUGUAGUGCAUCUGGGGCCCCAACCCCUGAACUUUCUUGGAGCAUAAAUUCAAGUGAACACCCUCCUUUCAUAACCAGCCACGAGAUUAACAAAAUGGAUCUACAGUCUGUGUUGACUCUAAGUGGACUUUCACCUGAUGACAAUGGCCGAGAGCUCACCUGUAGAGCCGAAAACAUCGUGGGCCAGAAAGAGGAUUCAGUCCUGCUCAAUAUUCUCUUUCCCCCUACUAUCGUGCAGCUGGAGGAGCCCGAAAGGCAUCAGGACUGGUGCAUCCCAUUCACUGUGACAGGCAAUCCGAAGCCUCAGCUGCGCUGGUACCACGAGGGCAAGCUGUUGGAGGAGCAGCAGUACAUCAGGACCGAGAUCCAUGAAAUCACGUAUACGGAGUACCAUGGCUGUCUGCAACUGGUCAUUCCGACACACAUCCAUAAUGGCAUUUACAAGCUGGUGGCCAGCAAUGAGUUUGGAGAGGACAGCGGGAACAUCACAGCACACUUCAUGCACAUGCCCGAUUUUGACCACUCAGGGACAGUGGAAAUAGACUAUUACGACCCAACGUUUAGUCCGGAAACCCCACCAUUGGAGGACACAGUUGCGGUGUAUAUAGUGGUUGGGAUAGCUGGGGUUGCUUUAACUGGAUGCAUUCUUAUGUUAGUUUUCCUCAAGUAUGGCAGAAGCUCCAAAUUUGGCAUGAAGGGCUCUUCAUCUGUCAUUAGUAAUGACGACGACUCAGCCAGUCCCCUCCACCAUGUUUCCAACGGCAACAACACACCAUCAUCCUCAGAGAUCGGCCCGGAUGCCGUUAUUAUUGGAAUGACAAAGAUCCCAGUCAUCGAGAACCCGCAGUACUUCCGCAACCCUGGCAGCAUGCUCAAAUCGGACACUUUCGUCCAGCACAUAAAGCGUCACAACAUUCUGCUAAAAAGAGAGCUUGGAGAGGGUGCUUUUGGAAAAGUGUUCUUGGCUGAAUGCUACAACUUGACACCCGACCAAGAGAAAAUUUUGGUGGCUGUUAAGACGCUGAAAGAAGCCAGUGAAAGUGGGCGGGCAGAUUUCCACCGUGAGGCGGAGCUUCUCACCAACCUGCAACAUGAGCACAUUGUCAAGUUUUAUGGCGUGUGUGUAGAAAGUGACCCCCUCAUCAUGGUGUUUGAAUACAUGAAACAUGGAGACCUCAAUAAGUUUCUCAGGGCUCAUGGUCCAGAUGCGGUUCUGAUGGUGGACGGGCAGCAGAAUUUGAUGGAGUUAACUCAGCCGCAGAUGCUGCACAUUGCUCAGCAGAUAGCAGCAGGAAUGGUGUAUCUGGCUUCACAGCAUUUUGUGCACAGAGACCUGGCCACACGCAACUGCCUAGUGGGAGAGAACCUGCUCGUCAAGAUAGGAGACUUUGGCAUGUCCAGAGAUGUCUACAGCACUGACUACUAUAGGGUGGGUGGUCACACCAUGCUGCCCAUUCGCUGGAUGCCUCCAGAGAGCAUCAUGUACAGGAGAUUUACCACAGAAAGUGAUGUAUGGAGUCUGGGUGUGGUCCUAUGGGAAAUAUUUACUUAUGGCAAGCAACCCUGGUACCAACUCUCAAAUAAUGAGGUAAUCGAGUGUAUCACACAGGGCCGGGUGCUUCAGAGACCUCGUACUUGCCCCAAAGAGGUGUAUGACCUAAUGCUGGGCUGCUGGCAGAGAGAGCCUUACAUGAGACUCAACAUCAAAGAAAUUCACAAUCUGCUCCAGAGUCUGGCCAAGGCCUCGCCGGUUUACCUGGACAUCCUGGGCUGACCCUGUGUGGGACAUCUGUUUGUCAGUGUGGGUGUGUAAUUGUGAGAAAUAGAGAGUGUGUACAGUUGAAGUCAGAAGUUUACAUACACCUUAGCCAAAUACAUUUAAACUCAGUUUUUCACAAUUCCUGACAUUUAAUCGUAGAAAACAUUCCCUGUUUUAGGUCAGUUAGGAUCACUAUUUUAAGAAUUUGAGAUGUCAGAAUAAUAGUAGAGAGAAUUUAUUUAUUUCAGCUUUUAUUUCAUUCAUCACAUUCCCAGUGGGUCAGAAGUUUACAUACACUUUGUUAGUAUUUGGUAGCAUUGCCUUUAAAUUGUUUAACUUGGGUCAAACGUUUUGGGUAUCCUUCCACAAGCUUCUCACAAUAAGUUGCUGGAAUUUUGGUCCAUUCCUCCAGACAGAACUGGUGUAACUGAGUUAGGUUUGUAGGCCUCCUUGCUCGCACAUGCUUUUUCGGUUCUGCCCACAAAUGUUCCAUCUGAUUGAGGUCAGGGCUUUGUAAUGGCCAAACCAAUACCUUGACUUUGUUGUUCUUAAGCCAUUUUGCCACGACUUUGGAAGUAUGCUUGGGGUCAUUGUCCAUUUGGAAGACCCAUUUGUGACCGAGCUUUAACUUCCUGGAUGAUGUCUUGAGAUGUUGCUUCAAUAUAUCCACAUAAUUUUCCUUCCUCGUGAUGCCAUCUAUUUUGUGAAGAGCACCAGUCCCUCUUGAAGCAAAGCACCCCCACAACAUGAUGCUGCCACCCCCAUGUUUUGCAGUUGGGAUGGUGUUCUUCGGCUUGCAAGCCUCACCCUUUUUCCUCCAAACAUAGCAAUGGUCAUUAUGACCAUUUUGUUUCAUCAGACCAGAGGACAUUUCUCCAAAAAGUAAGAUCUUUGUCCCCAUGUGAACUUGCAAACUGUAUUCUGGCUUUUUUAUGGCGGUUUUGGAGCAUUGGCUUCUUCCUUGUGGAGCAGCCUUUCAGAUUAUGUCGAUAUAGGACUUGUUUUACUGUGGCUAUGGAUACUUGUCUACCGGUUUCCUCCAGCAUCUUCACAAGGUCCUUUGCUGUUGUUCUGGGAUUGAUUUGCACUUUUCGCACCAAACUACGUUCAUCUCUAGGUGACAGAAUGCGUCUCCUUCCUGAGCGGUAUGAUGGCUGCAUGGUACCAUGGUGUUUAUACUUGCGUACUAUUGUUUGUACAGAUGAACGCGGUAUCUUCAGGUGUUUGGAAAUUGCUCCCAAGGAUGAACCAGACUUGUGGAGGUCCACAAUUUAUUUCUGAGGUCUUGGCCGAUUUCUUUUGAUUUUCCCAUGAUGUCAAAGCAAAGAGGCAUGGAGUUUGAAGGUAGGCCUUAAAAUACAAUUGACUCCAAUUAGCCUCUCUGAAGCUAAUUGGCUAAUUUGUCAACAAUCUGUCUGUAAAGAAUUGUUGGAAAAAAAUUACUUGUGUCAUGCACAAAGUAGAUGUCCUAAACGACUUGCUAACACUAUAGUUUGCUAAUAUGAAAUCUGUGAAGUGGUUAAAAAAUUUUUUUUUAAUGACUUCAACCUAUGUAAACAUCUGACUUCAACUGUAUAUGAGUGAAUGUGUGGGAUUUAAGGAGUAAGGGAAGGUUUAGAUUAGGAGGAGUGAUUGAAUAUAAAAUUGCGUGUGUGCUUAAAAAUGGCUUGUGCUUCAGCCUUCUCACCACAUAGACUAAAAGGCCUUAAAAUUGACUUUGUGCAUUUGCUUUUGAGUUUUUACCUGUCUGGGUUUGUCCAUUUGUCUCAUGCAUCACUGUAUUUUUUUUUAAUCCUAAAUGGUCUACAACAUUAACAAAUGGAAACAAUUGUUGUAAAUAUGCGAUAAAGACAAUGUAGACCCUUUGUUUAACAGCCUUUUUGAAAAAGGUACCAGGGUUUCAGAAAGUUUACAGUUAUAUUGUUUUUGUCACCAUUUGUUUAUUGAGAUGGACAAAAUUUGGACUUGAUGAGGACCUAAUCAAUAGCACAAUGCUGUCAAUGCCCUGGCAACACAUUUGGGUGGACACUACACAGAUGGCAAAGCUAUCCCAAGGAGCAAACUUUGGAGUAACAAUCAUUUAACUGCCAGAUUGACAAUGAGUUUUAUUUCAUCCAUUAUUUUAUAACAGGUAGGAUAUAAUUUUGGACUAUUCUGCUAAACCAUCCUCUCUGUGACAAGUUGAAAUGUAUAACCCUGAAGCUGAUGAAAGGCAUGUUUUUGGAUGUGUCGGUGCACCCCAUCAAACUCAGUCUGAACUUUGUAAAAGAAGCACAGCGACAAAGACACCUCCGAUUUUUUCUUUCUCAAGAGGCUUGAGGGUGGAUGCUGACACCAGCAGUGACACUAAAGUAAGACUUUGUUUGGCUCCCUGGCCAUAUGCGCUGACGUAUUAACUGAGGGCACUUGCUCUCCAACUGUGGUUUGAAGAACGAUACUGUUCUUGUGUCAGUCAAUGGUAAAAAGUUUUGUUUUUUCAAAUUUAGGGUGCUUACACACUAGAGAAAUUCCUGACAGAACAUUUUCCAGAUAGGAAUGCAUUUUGAGGUUGUGGAAAGUCAAGUGAAAUGGAUUUCCGAAAGCACAACGAAACCUGCCUCUGAAAUUCUUAUUGGUCGACAGAUGCCCAUGUCAGAGUGCGUUGCAGGCAAGAAGGUGUUUAAUUCCUGUAGAGAGCUAUCCGUUCAUUCCCAUUCAUUUCAAUGGCAGAUGCUCGCGCGUAACCUGUUGGAAAUAAAUGGCCUGCUUGCGGCUAUCUUUGCUCUCAUGGGUUCUGGAUACAGGUUUUUUUUUUUUUUAGCCAAUCACUUGAGCCAUAAAUGUCAUGUGACUAAUCACUCUGGAGCCACAGGAAAAUGACGUUCUGACAUGCUGAUGGCACCUCAAGAAUGCGCAGUUCCAAGCCGGUCACUAGUGACUAUCCUGACCUGUGAUGCCAGAUGGCGCAGAUAAGAAAAAAUUGGUCUGUUUAAUGCAAACAAUCGGACACUGACAAAAUGUACUAUAAAUAUUUGCAAUUAUAUUUCGUGGUCUAUGGCAACUUUUCAAUGGCUGUCAAUUGCAAAAGAUGCUUUUUGCCCACAGAAUGGUCUAUGUAAAGCAUUUGCUAGCAGGGGAUAACUGGAACAUGCUAACCAGGCAAACCUUGAUCCAGCGAAAGAAAAAUUCAUCCCAACUUUUUGUUGCAUGAAAGAGUGUCACUUUCACCAAGCCUUAUUUUAUUCCUCUACGUCUUAAUGACACACCAUCCUCAUUGAAACCAAUGGAUUCCCAGUAUUCUCUGACACAGUGUAGACCAGGGGGUCAGCAACCUAUGGCAUGCAUGCCAUCAUUGGCAAGUGAAGGGGUAGUCACUGUCACUGUGCUUCAUGUGCUAGAAUAAGUGGGGUGGUGGGGGGUCGUCGGCACAGUGAUUAACAAGAAAAAUUAAAAAUGGCACUUCAUGUAAAAAAGGUUGCCGACCCCUGGCUUAGACUCUAAUAUGUAGGUGCCCUCAAUCGUCGUCGUGUUGUAAUCUGAUGGACCUUGCCUUUGGGAAAAUUUAUUUCGUACCUGUUCCUGGGAAGUACAUAUCAUAGAUGUUGUCCAUAAAGUAAUAAACCCAAUUAAACAGCUGGAUUUUUUUUUUUGCUCUCGGAUUAUUCAUUAUUAUCUGUUUAUGUAUCGACUACGAAAUAACUGCUAAAUAAUACGUGUAUGUGAUAAUCGAUGAUCAGUUUGUUUUCGAUGUAUUGUGGGCCGUUUCAAAGCAAUGGGCUUGAUGGGCACUGUGAUGGGAAUGUUCAUGUGAGAAUCAUACGAGUUGGACUGACCCUGAGGUCACAGCUGAAAGACCCAAUGAAGGGACAGUCUCGACUCAACCUGUGUGCUUCAACCUCACCGAACAAGUUCACAGAGGAGGACGACUGACAACAAACAGGUUUAAAUAGACUACAAAUGAUUUUUUUUUUUUUUUUAACUAAAACUGAUAAUAUCAUAUACCAUUAUCAGUAUUUCCUUAAGUCCUAAGUAUACUUCGGUUUUCCGUGUGCCACACAUUUCAUCAUCAGCACACUGUGUGGACUGUCCAUGUGCAGCCCAGUUUUUCUAGACACAUGGACAGUCAGCAUCUUUGCACGUCAUCGGCACAUGCACCUGCCAGUGACUGUACUAAAGACAAUCGCAAAGCAAUUGUAGUCCGCAUAUGAGCUUGCAGUCAAAAGAGCAUACUCUGAAGCAUAAUUUGUCUCACACUGUUUAUGCUAUGGACACAAAUUACAUUGUACAUUUUAUGUCUUGUUGGGGAGAGGUUUUCUAAGCAACCGGACUAAAUGUUUUUACCUGGCGAAAAUUAAAACAGCAACAAAAACCCAUAGAGUUGUAUUGAAGGAGGGACCUGAGCUAUAUCUAAGGACCAGAAUAUCAUAGAGACUUGGUGGGCUCUUUUGACUUGGGAAAGUAAGGAACCACCUAGCAAUGCCCUAGAAACCAUUCAGAACACCCUAGCAACCGAACAGUAAUGUGCUAAAUUACAAUAAUGUGCAACCAUCCUUACAUCAUGGAAGCGAGUUUUUCAUGGGCACACACUCACUUGGGGGUGGGCUUUUUAAACUUGGGCCAGUGGGUUACCACCAGGCAACAAUCUAGAACUACCAAGCAACACCCUAGUAACCAUCCAGAACACCUUGGGAAUCAUCGUGGCGAGUUUUGCAUUGGCAAACAUUGGCGGCACUAAUGGUGGGCUACCGGGGCUUAUGCCACGAAUGUCUACAGUAAAGCCCAGAAUGUUUUUAACAUCUUGUAGUGAUGUCAGAAGAAUUUUAACUAUAUAUUUUAAAAUGAAGUAAUGCAGUAUUUAUAAAUCAAUGAUACCUGUUUUUUUCUACAGUAUUGAUAACACCAAAUAUAGACAGCACACACGCGCUGUCUUGUUGGUGGCUAUACGUGCAUGCAAGAAGAGCGCUCAGGACUUGUGAUUGUGGCUGUUUGAACGGUCAAAAUGCCUGUCUAGGUGAGAUAUUGGAAACUUUGAGUUGGUCCAUCCAGAUGUGUUAAGUACCAAAUAUUUAGAUAUGUAUACCCUGAACAAAGAGUAAUAUAUACAGAUGUGCUUGAGGAAUUUGCAAACUUUAAGUCUCGAGCUAGGACAUCUGUGUUUUUGGAAAAACUCUUUUAUUAAAGGCACAGUGCCAUAAACCUCUCAAACUUUGGCAAAUCUAGCAACUAGUUUUUCCUCAUGAGCACCUAUUUUAGCCUAUUUACAGCCUGAAUUAAUAAUAGGCUAUAAUACUGUCAGUUGUACACAAUGUGUGUUGAACUACGGAAAGCCGAAAGGGACAAUAAUAUAUAUAUAUAUUUUUUUCAUGUUUAAAAGUACAUAGUGCUAAAAGCAAGCAACUUUUAUUCUUUAAGUGUAUCUGAAGUUGAGACAACAGUUAGUGGGGCUGUCAAGUUGAAUGCCUUAUUUAUGAAUGAAUAUUACCCACAGUGAACUUUCAAUCUAAUAGUAUUCGUGAAACCACUGACAUCCCCUUGACCACACAACCAAUUACAAUUCGUCCAAAGAAAACUAAAUCUAGUCCAGUUUCUCCAGUUGACUAUCACCACUGUUGACUAACUCCAGGGCUACAAUAUUUGUAUGAUUUGUCCUCCUCUGCAGGGGUAAAUGUUUCUCUAUAUUCAGAUUAAGGGGGCUCUUUGUGGUCUUCAGCAACACAUUUUGCGCAGACCGACUGAUUCUUUGGAGUAAGAAGUAUUGCAGAUGUGUUGCUCUGAGAGUAUCUGUAAAUAUGCAAUUAGACUGUAAAUAUACAUGAGCAGGAUCAAUCAUUCUUUGUACACUGAUGUCAAAAUUCUUUCCAAACAGUCCAUUGGCAGGACCUACUGUAUUUUAAUAGCCAUCUACCCAUCAUCACCAAAGUUGUUACAGUGUGUCCAAUCAAGUGUUGGUCAUUACGGUCUUUUAAUGACCUCUUAGAGCUUUGCACUUACUUUAUAAACGUACUGCUCAUAUAUUUGUAGUUUUCACCCUACAAUUGUAAGCACUGCACAAAAAAAAAAAAAAAAAAGAUUGAAAUUGAAGGGGAAUAUUUGCUAACAUUACAGAUAUUGAACACAUGUAUUCGGUCAGUUACACUGAACAAUUUUCUUGUGUUGUGGCAGACUGACUUUACGUGAAGUCUUUAUUGAACAAAUAUGGCAUUUUCUCAGUUUUUGCUAUAUUUAUGUCUGUUCUAAAUAGCCAGCCUGUACUUUAUAAUCCAUUCUGUGCAGUUCUAAUAGAUGUCUAUAUAAAUAGUGUUUUCUCUAUAUAUUCUGUUUAAAAAAACAGGCAUCAUGUCAAAAUGUGUGACAAUAUAAAGGGAAGAAAAAAGUGUCUAAUGGGCCUUCGGCAAUAUGUAAGUGUAAAUACAGUUUCUUUAACGUGACAAUGUAUUAUUUUAUUUUCUCUGUGGUUGUUCACAAUGAAAAAUGUCUUCUUUAAUAUCUCUGUAAUUGAUCAACAAGCCUUUUCUCCUGUGUAUUAUAUAAUUAUUAUAUUAUAACCCUUAAUAUUGUUAAGGGUUGGUUUCAGAUUGAGGAACGCCAUAUUAAAAUGGCAACCUUUUCCCAGUCACCAUCCACAUCCAGGGGGAAAAUGGUCAAGAGGUCACCCAUCCUCAUUUGGUUUUUUUGAAAGCUCUUAAACAUUCUAUAUGAAUGAAGAACUGUGACUGAUUACUGAAACCAUGUUUAUGAAUUUAAUUACUUUGUUUUAUGCGCUGUAUGGGUGAAUCUCAUUAAGACUUGAGAAAUGUCCAGAUCAAAUUUCUCCCCAAAAUCAAAAGAAAAAAAUUAUAUAUUUUGCAUGAACAAAAUGAAGCAUGUUUUAGGCCCAUUAAGAAUAUUUUGUGGUUUUGUAUGGGGACUUUAUUUUCAUUACAACUAAAUACAAGUACUUUUUUCUUAAGAUUUAGGGGCGAAAUAUAAACCAGACAUUUCUGACCCCUUUAGCCAACUGGCAUUUGCCAUUUAUGUUACCCCCUUUUUUUUUUUCUUUUUUAAAGCUGGAUCACUGGUUGUGAGUGUAAAUGUGUCUGUGUGUACACGCGUGAUAUGGUGUGUGAGUGUGUGAGUGUUCCCGGCAGACUCAAUCUCUCACGGCUUUAGGUGUCAGUUCUCUUAUGCUUGUGCAUCUUGUGAGAAGCUUCUUUGCUGUCAGUGGAAAUGUUCCUUGUAAUAUUGUGCAUUUAAUAAAAGUGGUAUGUCUUACAACACCGCUUAUGUUGCAAAUCAUAUUCCUACCUUUUAAAGUUGCACCAUGUUUUUUUUUUGUUUUUUUUUUUAAAGACCUAUUGAAAAUGAUUUAUAGGUACAAGACUCCAGUCAUAUCAGUUACCUAAAGUUGGGUCACUACCUCAUGGUGGCUGCCAUGUUAAGAUCACCUAUUGUAACACUUCUGGCUGUGAAAUAAAUAAUG